AUGAACAGAAGAAACCAGACCAGCACCUAUGAAUUUCUCCUCGUGGGCCUCUCUGAAUAUCUCGAACUGCAGCCUCUCCUGUUUGGGCUCUUCCUGGGCAUGUUCCUGGUCACCGUGGUGGGAAAUUUGCUCAUCAUCCUGGCCAUUGGCUUUGAUCUACGCCUUCAUACCCCAAUGUACCUUUUCCUAGCCAACCUCUCCAUUUCUGACAUAGGUUUCAUCUCUACAACAGUCCCCAAAAUGUUAGCAAAUAUUAGUUCAGGAAAUAAAUGGAUUUCUUAUGGUGCUUGCCUGACACAACUCUAUUUCUUUGGCUUAUUUGCAGACCUGGACAAUUUUCUCCUGGCUGUCAUGGCAUUUGACCGCUAUGUGGCCAUCAGCCACCCUCUUCAUUAUGCUGUGACUAUGAACUCCCGACGUUGUGCCAUUCUGGUUGCUGGGUCCUGGGUGGUCACUACCUUCCAUGCUCUAGUGCAUACCCUCCUCGUGACUAGGCUUUCCUUCUGUGGCCCCAAUAUCAUCCCCCACUUCUUCUGCGAUCUGGCCCCACUUCUUGAGCUGGCCUGCUCCAGUACUUAUGUCAAUGACCUGGUGCUCAUCCUUGUUGCAGGCACACUGCUUAUUGGACCCCUUGUCUGCAUCCUUACAUCUUACUUUUACAUUGUACUGGCAAUUCUGAGAAUUGGUUCCUCUAAGGGUAAGCAAAAGGCCUUCUCCAACUGCACUUCCCACCUCUCUGUGGUCUCACUGUUCUAUGGAACAGCCAUUGGAGUCUAUUUAUCUUCUCCAACACCCUACUCAGGGCAGAAGAACAAAAUCUUCUCAAUAAUGUACACAACGAUCACCCCCAUGCUCAACCCCUUCCUUUACAGCUUGAGAAACAGAGAUAUGAAGGAGGCUUUGGGGAAACUGCUAAGAACAAAAACAGCCUAA